GCCAGGCACGCUCGGGCGGUCGCGCGAGUGGACGUGUGAACAGACCUGCUGGGACUGGGACCGGGACAGCCGCGACUGAAGGCCGUUCUGACCCUCUUGACCCCAGAUGCGUGGGGGGACUGUGUCCCCCUCGCCGAGGGAUGCUGCAGCGUUCCGGGCGCCAGUCACCUGGGCCAACCGCUAAGCCCGGGUGCAGAGCCAGUGUCCCCGAGGAACCGGAGCCCGGCCGCUGGCAGAUAAGCGGCUGCGGACACGCUACUGGGUGCCCGGCCGGGAGGGAACUGCCGUCUCCAGACCGGAGGGCAUGGAGCGGCUAGGGGAGAAAGCCAGUCGUCUGCUGGAGAAGUUAAGACUCUCGGACUCCGGCAGUGCCAAGUUCGGCCGCAGAAAGGGUGAAGCUAGCCGGUCGGGGUCUGAUGGGACCCCCGGGCCGGGCAAGGGGCGCCUGGGUGGGUUGGGGGGACCUAGGAAAUCAGGGCCCGGAGGAGCUGCCGGGGGUUCUGGGGAUGAGCCACUGGAGCAGGCCAGGGAACAAGGCUCCCUGGAUGCCGAGCGGAACCCGCGCGGCUCUUUUGAGGCGCAGCGUUACGAAAGCUCCUUUUCCGGGGGGCCGCCGCCCACCCGGGCCUUGCCUCUACCUCAGUCAUUGCCUCCCGACUUUCGGCUGGAGACGACGGCCCCGGCUCUAAGCCCUCGCUCUAGUUUCGCCAGUAGCUCAGCCAGCGAUGCUAGCAAACCGUCUAGCCCCCGAGGCAGCCUGCUGCUGGACGGGGCGGCGGCUGGCGGAGCCGGAGGGAGCCGGCCCUGCAGCAACCGUACCAGUGGCAUCAGCAUGGGCUACGACCAGCGCCACGGAAGCCCUCUGCCCGCAGGGCCGUGUCUGUUUGGCCCACCUCUUACUGGAGCUCCGGCAGGCUAUUCCUCUGGAGGAGUCCCGUCCGCCUACCCGGAGCUCCACGCCGCCCUGGACCGACUGUGUGCUCACCGGCCCACGGGUUUCGGCUGCCAAGAAAGCCGCCACUCGUAUCCCCCGGCCCUGGGUAGCCCUGGAGCUCUGGCCGGGGCCGCCGUGGGAACGGCUGGGCCCUUGGAGAGACGUGGGGCGCAGCCCGGACGACACUCGGUCACUGGCUAUGGGGACUGCGCAGCGGGGUCCCGUUAUCAGGAUGAGCUGAGCGCAUUGCUGCGCCUGACCGUGGGCACCGGUGGGCGAGAGGCCGGUGUCCGCGGAGAACCCUCGGGCAUUGAGCCGUCGAGUCUGGAGGAGCCGCCGGGUCCUUUCGUUCCCGAGGCCUCCCGGGCCCGGAUGCGCGAGCCAGAGGCUAGAGAGGACUACUUCGGAACCUGUAUCAAGUGCAACAAAGGCAUCUAUGGGCAGAGCAAUGCCUGUCAGGCCCUGGACAGCCUCUACCACACCCAAUGCUUUGUCUGCUGCUCCUGUGGGCGAACUUUGCGCUGCAAGGCUUUCUACAGUGUCAAUGGCUCUGUCUACUGUGAGGAGGAUUAUCUGUUUUCAGGGUUUCAAGAGGCAGCUGAGAAAUGCUGUGUCUGUGGUCACUUGAUUUUGGAGAAGAUCCUACAGGCAAUGGGGAAGUCCUAUCACCCAGGCUGCUUCCGAUGCAUCGUUUGUAACAAGUGUCUGGAUGGUGUUCCCUUCACAGUGGACUUCUCCAACCAGGUGUACUGUGUCACUGACUACCACAAAAAUUAUGCCCCUAAAUGUGCAGCCUGCGGCCAACCCAUCCUCCCCUCAGAGGGCUGUGAAGACAUUGUGAGGGUGAUAUCCAUGGACCGGGAUUAUCACUUUGAGUGCUACCACUGUGAGGACUGCCGUAUGCAGCUGAGCGAUGAAGAAGGUUGCUGCUGUUUCCCUUUGGAUGGGCACUUGCUCUGCCACGGUUGUCACAUGCAACGACUCAAUGCCCGACAGCCCCCUGCCAACUACAUCUGAGCUGCAGUUACUGCUGCUUCCAUCACGGCUGUUGAUAGACUCCUCUUGCCAGGUGGCCUCUCUUAAGCCAGCCAAGGCAAAGACUGCGCUCUGCAAUCCUGGAGAAGAGUCCUCUGGGAUGCCCCAAGGGCCAGAGACCCAAAGAUCAAAACAUUCCAUAUGGACUGUGGAGGAGGAACCUUCUAAUUGCCAGGAGGGAUGGCUGGCCUUCUACGUGAAGCGUUUGCUCUAGUAGAUACUGAAAUACAGGCGGGUUCCAGGGCUUUGUGAACAUCAAUUCUGGUGUACAUGUCUCCUGUGUGUUUGUGUGUAAAUUACCCAAUGUUCUGGCGCUGAAUCACAAGAGGAGAGGGCAUCACAGGAGCUCCCCACUCUGCUGCACCCCAUACCUGGGGUCACCUAGGUGUUUAGCACAGUACUCUAUCUUGCUGGAUGAAGAGGUAGACACCCUGGACUUCAUAAUGAGUCAUUUCUUGGCCUUCUCACUAAAGACUAGGUGAGCUCCUCAUCCCUCUGCUGGGAACAGGACCAGCUCUAGGUGGCCCUGCUGCCUGUAUUUCCUGUUUCUCAGGGACAGAGAGAGGUUGAGCAGGGUCUCUCUUUCCUUGUGGUUCCACUCAGAUGCAAAGGUAACAGCAGAUCUCUGGGAACAUGGAAUUUCCUGGGUGGGAUGGCUAGGAAACUUCAGGCUAGCCCUUCUCCAGGGUUUAAGCACACUGAGCUCUAUAGCCCAGUAUAUGUUUACGUGGGUACAUUCGUGUAUGUGUGUGCACACGCACCCCUCUCCAUAUACACACACUGUUAUUCCCUUUUCUCAGGUGACUCUUAAACUUAUUAGUUUCCUAAUAGUAGCAUACCACUCCAGACCUCCCAUCUCUCAUAGACUCCCGGAUUACAAAUAUCUACUAUGGCCUCACAGCUCAGGCUUAGGGAGCUGGAGAGAACAAAACACUGGCUUGGUUCUCAUCAGUUUGCCUGAAACUUGAAUUCACCUAAAGUUACAUGUCUUAAAGCCAGUUCACUGAAAACUUGUUUGCUUAAAGUGCAGUUCAUUUAAUGACCAGUUUGCCAAAAGCUCAGUUCCCCUUUAGGUGUUUUUAUAUCCACUUAGGCAUCUGUUUUUUGUUACAUUUAGAGUAUUUCAAGGAUUUAUAUCUAUUUAUCCAAGAUACUUCUGAGCUAUUACCAGCAACAAAUUUAUCAAAUCUGGAGCACUUUGCAAAUGGUGAGAUUGCUUCCUACAAUUACAGAUGACUUUUCUUAUGUUAUCUGCUUUUCAAACAUUUUAAAGAAAAAGUUCAAAGUUUCUAGAAAUAAAUACAAUUGGUACAGA